GUCUGUACUCGACCGACGUGAACCAUUCCUACCUGACUGCCACCUGGUAUUUCUACGACACCAUGCUACCCUCGCUCAGAGAAUUGUCCCUGCUGUUCAGUCAUCUUCCCCGCUCACGCCACGAGGCCUUACGAAACUCCGAGAAGAAAUUCCACGAGAACUCCUCCCAGAUCCAUGGUCUGCUCGGGGGCCACAAGCCCUACACAUCAGAGUACCUGAUGGGGGAAAGUGGGAAGAUAGGAUUCCGAGAUCGGAUUCGGAUGGGCAAUUCCCGCAGCCAGGGGUUCCGGAGCAAGCCGCCGCAGGCUGUCCCGGGGGUCCGGCUCUCCCCCAGCACGGAGAACCUUCCCGGGCCCACCAAGGUCCAGAAGAGCUGGAGCUUCAAUGACCGCACCCGUUUACGCACCUCUCUGCGGCUCAAACCCAGACCCGCCAUGGAGGUGGACGGUACAGGAGAGGACAGCAAUGAUGAUAAAGCCUACCAGUGUGACCUGACCAUGGAGGAGAUCAUGCCUGCAGUGAAGACUCUGAUCCGAGCCUUGCGUAUCCUGAAGUUUCUGGUGGCCAAGCGGAAGUUCAAGGAGACGCUGAGACCCUACGAUGUGAAGGACGUGAUCGAGCAGUACUCUGCCGGACAUCUGGACAUGCUGGGGAGGAUCAAAAGCCUACAGACACGGGUGGACCAGAUCAUGGGCCGGGGGGCGAUCACGUCCGACAAGAAGAUGAGGAGCGAGAAAGGGGAGAAGACCCCCUCUGAACUGGAUCCAGUCGAUGAGCUGAGCAUGAUGGGAAGAGUGGUGAAGGUGGACAAGCAGGUGCAGUCCAUUGAGCUCAAGCUGGACCUGCUCCUGAACUUCUACACGCAGUGCCUGAAGAAGGGCUCCUCGUUCACGCUGUCCGCCAUGCAGCUGCCUCUUUUGGAGCCAGACCUGACCUCAGACUACCACAGCCCUGUGGACCAUGGGGACCACGGAGACCUCUUCACCUCCCACCAGACCCUGGACUUCCUGCAGUCCGAGAGCUCUACUCUGGAGUUUGAGAGUUGAGCGGGGCCUGGGGCCUGGGGCCUGGGGCCUGCACAUACAGCCUCUCCCUUUCUCCGCCUUGGAUAGACACAACAUGCCUACAAAUAAUAUGCAAAGCUGGAUUGCAGGUUGUUUUGUUUUUUUUCAUUAUCUUUUUAAUUUUUUUUUUUUUUUAUUGUUCGGUUUUUUUUGUUUUUUUUGUUUUGUUUACUGCUACAGACUGGAACCGAAAUGAAACAACAGUUUUUCCACUCGGCAUUCCGCUGUGGCAUUCCGGUCUUUGAUACCAGAAAGCGACUUCCUUUCGAGGGCAUUUUAUGAAAAUGUGCAAACCAAUUUUUUCUUUCUUUUUUUUUUGAAAAAAAAAAAACAAACAAAAAAAUCUUUCGGAACAAUUCCGACCCCCUCUUUGAUUUGUCUUCCUGAGGUAGAAACUUCCACGAUAUCACAACGAACAAGCCGUUCCCGGUGGUCUACGACCCUUUCAUGGUUACCAUAGAUACAACUUUACAACCAGUGGGAUGCUGGUAAAGACGACAAACAGAGCAUACAUGCAGGAGGACUGACAGCUACGGACUCCACAAGCGUAGCGGGCAGUGCUUAACCUGUGCUAGUGAAACCCUUCUUUUUCAAACUAAAGAAUCUUGCAGCAGUGCAGAAUCAUUCCUUGCUGACUCUUCUGUUGAGGUAGUGUUGGUUUGUUUUCAUAGUCCUGGUUCAUGUGUCAGUCGGUAUUCAGAGAUUCCUGGUGCGCACCAACCCUUCACUUUUAUUUCAUUCUUCCAGCAGAGCCAGAAACUUUCAUUUUUAUUUUUGUUCAUUUUUAGUGUUUGUAAUUGUGUCUAUACAUUCAUUGUCGCUGAGCACAAAUCCCAGGUUAGUACACGUGUCGUUUCCAAUAGUGGGAUGAUAAUAACUGUAAUUGCCCUGUCGUAAACAUGCAUGCAUACACAGAAAACCUCUGCAAGACACACUACACACAAAUUAUAUAGAGAGAUCUUUUCAUAACCCCACCUCUGGUCAACUCCACUAAUAAAUUGUAUAAUAGAUGUUCAUUGCAGAGGCUGUGCAAUGCUGUGCUCCCUUUUUUCUUGCUAAUGCAUUUUAACUACUGUAAUUCCCAACUCUGGAGAGCGCAGUAAAACCAUUAACAAAGGAAGCCUUACAGAAGAGUUACAGAACAGGGUAUUUCUUGCUGUAUUUUAUUAUUUUAAGAACUCUGCUGAGCUUUUAAAAUAAACUGUGUUUGGAUAGGUGUUUUUUUGACAGUUAUGACAGUUGCAACAAAGAUGUGACCUUAUUAUUUGAACCCUAAAACGUUUGAUAUUUUAGGGACCUGAAAAAGAGGGCGAGUUCACUAGCACACUGGUUCAACCCCUGCCCUCGGUCAACAGAAACAAUAUUCUUCAUGUCACGCCUCGACUAGCUCUCAUGAUGUCGAAUAUAAAGAAUGUAUCUGUGUGUGUGUGUGUGUGUGUGUGUGUGUGUGUGUGUGUGUGUGUGUGUGUUAAAAUCGAGGUUUAGAUUGUUUAUAUAUAUAUGAAUAUGAUUAAGCAGUAUUAUGUCAGCAACUCAGGUAAGCUUACAAACAAGCACUGCUUCCGACACGCUUUAGAUUAGCUUUGAUUUUAACAUCAAAACUAGAUUAACAAAAUUUGGAGCAUGUUUUUUUUUUUUUUUUUUUUUUUUUUUUAAUUCUCAGUGCAAAAUGUAAAGCACUUUCUGUUGGCACAAAAAAAAAGUGGUCUCCACUUAAAGGGGGUUUAAGAUUCAGAUUUGACAUUCCCUUUAAAGCAAUAAUGUAAUUCCUUAUUUCUUUUCAGUUGCGCUAGGGAGCCAGUAGGUGUCAGUAUGUGCUACUUGGUGUUACCUUUUGAACAAACUUUUUGAACAUACAAACUUGCCUUAAAGAAAAGCAAGGCUGAGCACUGUGUUUGUCUCAGAGUGAUUGCUGUUUUCUAAGCUAAAUGGUCGGGCUGCCUAAUCACAUGACUCACAAAAGACACAGGAAUUGUGAAUUCAUUAGCGAACUCCAGCAUUGGGUAGCUCGAACAGCCCUGCGUUUCAAAGUAAGCGCAUUUACCUUACUGCCCUUUCAAAGAACGCAAUUCUAGCAGCUCAGCUUCACGCAUUUUCAUGAGGGGUUUCGCUUUAUGAAAAAUAUAACAAUGAGCGCUGAUUUAGCUAAACUGAGUCUCAACUGAGGGUCCGCUGCGCUUGAUUAGUGUAGCAGAAUGAGACUGACAUUGGAGGCGACUUGAAUGAUUAGCAUGGGGAUGUUCAGCCGUUUCGGGUGAAAAUAAAUUUUAAAGCAAGUCCUUAAAAGCACCUAACCUGGUGAGUAAUGUGAACCCAGCCCCACGCAUAUGCAUGCUUAACUGAAAAGCUUACAAACUAAACAAAAACAAAAGAAAAGAAGAAUAUUGCCAGGGAUGCACACGCCUGCAAGCCUCGCUGAGAAUGAGACUUCAAAUAUCGUGAAAGGAUUAUUAUACCGAUUAAAUAAAUCAAGCAAUCAAAAUGAGUCAUGAGGAGGCGACUUGCAUUUGCAUGGGAUAUUAGCAGUCCGUUAGAGGAAUUGUCAUGUUUAAUAUUAACACGUUUCUCAGUUGUGAUUGAGAGACACUAAUAGCUCAACAUGUAUCGAUUGCAUUCUAAAGCAAAGUAUACAAGUCGGAGUGUCAGAAGCAUUAUGAAUAAUGCGCCAGGCUCCAUAUUACAUUUCUGAUAUUAUCAAGCAUUCUCAGUCAUACUGUAAGCGUCAGGCUUAGGGAGUACAUAUUGUUGGGGAUGCUGAUCAUGUGCUAUCAACCCAAUGAUUGAAAACACAAGCACAUUAAAUCAUGCAUCAGGGAUUAAAGUCUAAUUAUAGCGCACUUCAGGCAUUACGUCAUGCAUCAGAGCUCGCCUGCAUUGCAUGCUAUACAGCAGCGGUUCACAACCCCGGCUUUCACAGCAUCCUGCGCUGCUGGAAACACACAGUCGAACAGGACUGCGUGACGCACACAACCCGUAGGACCUACAUGGACCAUUGCAAUUCUCUGCAUGUUUUAUUAGCAUGCUUUCACUCAUUAGAGAGCCUUGUUGCACCCACCCGCACCCUACCACCCCCACGGAUAGUCCUUGCAUCUUAUCUAAAGAUAUACCAAUCAAAUAUUACACAUUAAAAGCUAAUAAACUAAUAGUCUAAAAAGUCUUCCAGUAUGAUUUAAGAUCGUGUGCAUUUUCAAAACGGAAAGCGAUUCGCUUUUAACCAAAUUGCGAUCUCAAGCUAACAAAGAAAAAAAAAGUUUAUUAACUGAAUACAGUACCUCACUCGAUUAACUUAUUUGUUUCAAUAAAGUUUUAUGAAGAACCUGUUUACUACCACGCGUGUCUUAUUUGCACGGUGCAAAAACAAA